AUGUCUAAAUGUUUUUCUUUGCAGAUCUUGAAUUCUUUUUAUCGCUUUUCAGACAUUCGCAAUGUGAUAGAGAAGUUUAAGUUGGCAACGAUGAAAUAUGUUGUAACUACCGAACAGAGAAAGGCUUUUUACCGCGGCGAAUUCGAGAAUAAACUACCUUUUGCUAUAUACGCAACGUUGGUUUCUUUCACAGGAUUUCUGGGAAUGAUAAUGUUAUUCUAUGAUCCUGUAAAUGCGAUUGGACAGUUUCCUUAUCGUGUAAAAUUACCUGCAAGCCUCAAGCCGGAACUACAAUUAAUUUAUAUGGGAGUCAGUGUUUUAUUGCUUGCAAUGCAAAUAGUAGCUAUAGAUUACCUCAAUGUAAUACUUAUCAAUCAAAUACGUUUUCAAUUGAGGUUUCUUAAUCUGUCAUUUAGUGAGUUGUCUAUGAAUGAUCGUAAACAAUUAUUAGCAUCUCAAAAGAAACCAUUUGUAAAUGAACGCAUAAAUUUAAUUAUUGAACAUCAUUGGUGUUUACUAGACUUACGUAAUCAAAUUGAGGAUAUUUUUCGUAUGCCGGUUUUAGUACAAUUUUUCACAUCUGUAAUUAUUUUCGCCUUGACGGGAUUUCAGGCCACUGUUCGUAAUGAUACCACUAAUGGAACUGUGCUUAUUUAUUUUUACUGCUGUUGUAUUUUUUGUGAGCUUUUUAUUUAUUGCUGGUGUGGAAACGAUGUCUUCGAACAGAGUAAAACACUAUCAACAACUGGUUAUAGCUGUAUUUGGUAUAAAUAUGAUCAACGUUUCAAGAAGUCAUUACAAAUAUUUCUGAUUAAUGCUCAGAAACCAUUUAUUUUCUCUGCGGGGGGCUUUAUGACACUAUCUUUGCCUAGUUUUGCUGGUAUAUUAACGAAGUCAUAUUCAUACAUUGCAGUUCUGCGACAGUUGUAUAGCCGAUAAGUGGAAUUGACACAUAGCCGAUAAGAUAAGUUGUUCAU